UGUACACCGCCAUGGCACUUUCUCAAUUUGCCAAAAAGGAAAGAAAAAUAACAUCAAAGCCUCCCAAUAACUCAAUCAUCAUAACACCCAAUUUCAUCAGACGUAGAUUAAAUUGACAUUGCGAAAAUUGCAAGAACAACUUUAUUAUCAGUGGAUUGUCAGAGAGAUAUCGGUGAUCUGAAUGUGAUGUGCUAUGAGUACACCCACAACAAAUCAACAAGACCAUUACUAAGUGAAAAAUCUGGGAGCUGAGGCUCUUUUUUAGCAGGAAUGAGCUCUCAUCAUCACUUGAAUCCACCCUCUGGAGAGGUCACCCACAUAAAUCACCUCUCCGAGGACAUCGGAGGACUUUACCUUUCUGACGAGUGCUCAGACGUGACACUUAUUGUGUCUGGGCAACGUUUCAGCGGUCACCGGGUGAUCCUUGCUGCCAGGAGUCAGUAUUUUCGUGCACUUUUGUUUGGGGGACUGAAAGAGAGCAUGCAGGAAGAGAUUGAGCUGAAGGGUACGACACUACCAGCUUUUAAAGAGCUCCUCAAAUACAUUUACACUGGACAUCUGUCAUUGACGAAUCAACGUGAAGAGAUUGUCCUGGAUAUACUGGGUUUGGCACAUCAGUACGGUUUCAUUGAAUUGGAGAUGGCUAUUUCUGAUUAUCUCAAAGAAAUUUUGAAUAUUAAAAAUAUUUGUCUGAUAUUUGAUGCCACACGUCUUUAUCAACUGGAGAGACUGACAAAGGUUUGUCAUGAGUACAUGGACAAGCAUGCCCUCGAAGUGAUAAAGCACGAGAGUUUUUUGGAAUUGAGUGCUAAUGCUGUGAAAGCGCUUGUGUCAAGGGACUCAUUCUAUGCACCUGAAAUCGAUAUAUUUCUCGCGAUGCAGACGUGGGUAAAGGCAAAUCCAGAUGUAGAUGUAAAUGAAGUUCUAGGACAAGUAAGACUCAGUCUCAUAGCGAUCACUGAUCUUCUGAAUGUCGUUCGUCCCACUGGUCUCGUAUCACCAGAAGCUAUUCUAGAUGCAAUUGCUGCACGCACCCAGACACGAGACUCGGAGCUGAUUUAUCGGGGUCGAUUGCUCGUUGACGAGAAUGUGGCACACCCCAGGUACGGUGCUCAGGUACUCCAGGGAGAAAUGCGGAGUUAUCUUCUCGAUGGUGAUACACAUGAUUACGAUAUGGAGAAAGGAUACACGAGGCAUGUAAUAACGGAAUUGCAGGACCAUGGAAUUCUCAUAAAAUUGGGGGCUCAGAGUAUAAUUAAUCAUGCGAAGAUGCUCCUGUGGGAUCGAGACAUGCGUUCUUAUUCUUACUACAUAGAAGUGUCGAUUGAUCAGAAGGACUGGGUAAAAGUGAUCGAUCACUCCGAGUACUUUUGUCGUAGUUGGCAGUAUUUGUACUUCGAGCCACGUGUUGCUUUAUACGUUCGCAUCGUCGGAACCAAUAAUACAGUGAAUAAAGUAUUUCACGUGGUGAGCUUCGAGGCUUAUUACACAAAUCACUCAGAGAAGUUGCACAAAGGGUUCGUCAUGCCAUCAGAGAACGUCGCAACGAUGGAGAGAAGUGCGAGUGUUAUAGAAGGUGUGAGUAGAUCUCGAAAUGCUCUUCUGAAUGGUGACACAUCAAAUUACGACUGGGACAGUGGCUACACGUGCCAUCAACUCGGCUCUGGCUCAAUUUUAGUUCAGCUUGGCCAGCCCUACAUGAUCGACACUAUGAGACUUCUGCUCUGGGACUGUGACGAUCGUUCUUAUUCAUAUUACAUCGAUGUUUCAGGGAACUUAUGCAAUUGGGAGAGAGUUGUCGACAAGACCUCUGAGGCUUGCAAAUCGUGGCAGACCAUUCGGUUUGAUCCACCGAGACCUAUCGUAUUUAUUCGCAUCGUUGGAACACAUAAUACUGCUAAUGAGGUGUUUCACUGCGUUCAUUUUGAGUGUCCAGCGAGGCAGGAGAUAGCGUGCGAUACUAAAUCAGCGAAGAAAAUUAAACGACAGCCCUCGGUAUUGAAUUCUACCACCGCAGCUCCACCGACUCCAACAGAAACUGUUAUGGAGGCAGCUAAUGUUGAUCAGGAUGAUGGAAAUUCUACAGACGAUGUUGCUCUAUUUGCUGGCCUACCCUCAAUCUAAUGUUCCUCUUUAGGACAGAAUUUCGUUAACGAAGAGGUAAAGGGUGACAAGUCGAUGCUGAUCGUUGAUAAUUGCGAAAAAUAUUAAAAUCUAUUUCGCUAUUGAAUUAUUUGCGAGGGAAAUUUCUUAGAAAUUACUAAUUAUUUUACGGGUCUCGAGGAUUGAUUUACUUAUAUUUUUAAUGUAAAAGUAGAAUAAUCUCUCGUUUACUUUGUACAAAAAAAAUAGUUUUUGAAAUAUUGCAGUCCGCUCAGUCGUUAAUAGUUUAUUUGUUAAUGAGCCGGCGUUUUCAAUUAAUAAAUAUUUUUUCAUGUGUGAGAUUCAGGAAAAAGUUUCAGAUCGAAGAGGAAAACUUUCAUCCAAAUUUUUUUUCGAAUCUCAUAAUUUUUCUAAGCAAUUAUUCACGCGAUUGGUUAAUUUAUAAGAUUAAUUUAUAAUAAGGAUUAGACCGUGAGAAAUUUUAGAGAUUCUUGAAGACUAGUUCCUCGACGUCUGCCUGAUAAUCUCUGUUCUUUUAAUUUUUCGUACAUUAUUUCUCCAGCGUGUCCUCGGUCAACAGUAUUUUUCCUUUAGGAAAGUGUUCGAAGGUGAUGGAAUUUUCAGAUCCACACACUUUUGAGUUUAUCAAAGUACGA